ACUGUGUCCCAGACUCAUAACAAGCGUGCACAACCGUAGAAAAGCAAAGAUGAUUCUGAACUUGAAGAAUGAGGUGUUCUGCUCUUUUGUCUUCUACGCUGUUCUCUCGCUCGUUAAGAUGUUUGUCAUUGCAGUCCUCACAGGUCAGGUCAGACUCCGCAAAAAGGCUUUCGCGAAUCCAGAAGAUGCUCUGAGACACGGAGGGCUGAAGCUUUGUAGAACUGACCCGGAUGUCGAGCGUUGCCGGAGGGCUCAUCGUAAUGACAUGGAAUGUGUCUACCCCUUCCUCUUCCUGGGCGUGCUGUACUGCUUCCUGGAUCCUACUCCGUCUAUUGCAAGGAUCCACUUCCAGAUCUUCUUCUUGGCCAGAUUGGUUCACACUGUGGCCUAUCUGUUCGCCCUGAAAGCUCCGACCAGAUCCCUGGCCUACACCGUGGGGCAGAUCCCAUGCUUCUCCAUGGCCCUCAAGAUUCUGAUCAAUGUUGCCUCCUACUGGUGAAGGAAGAGCUCACUACCAUUCGAGGGGUGGAAUUUGGUUCGAUUCCACCUUGGAAGCCUGAAGAUUUCCUUUGAAGUCUGUGUCUCGGGGCUGACGUAAAUGAUCUUUUUCUCACUGAGUAAACUGUGAACUUUGCAGUAAAGCUCUGAGAGUGAGGGGAGAGGGGGCAACAUAUUUCAGUACCUCAGGCACUCCACUAGGAGGCAGUAACUGACACACUAACUUGAAUUUAUACAAGAUAGGACAGUAAAAAUGUCCCAGGUUGCUUCACAAGUGCAGUAACAGACCAAAAUUUGACACCAAACCACAUAAGGAGGAAUUAGAGGCAGGUAACUCAACGUUGGCUCAAAGAGGGCCAGUUUUAAAGAGCCCCUUAAAGGAGGAAAGAGAAGUAACAGUUUAGGGAGGAAAUUCCAGAGCUUAAAAUCUUGGCAGCUGAAGACAUGGUGGUGUCAAUGACGAAGCACUUGAAAUCAGGCUUAACCUCUCUAUAGCAGGUACUGGGUGGAGUCAGCUGUCAAGGAUGGAUUCUCCACUCGCAACCUGAAUUUAACUGAUUGCUCCUGUGCUAGAGAGACCAAACUCGCAUCAAAAUUGGUUUGUUUCUAAAAUGAGUGCAAUGUCCUUAACAAUAUGGAAGGUCAAACAGAAAAAUCUAUCCCAAUACAACUGCCUCCUCUUUCCACGGAUGGUUUGGGAUUCAAAAUGUUGAAUCCUCUCAUCAUUUGCUCCUCCAUCUCCUCUCGUCUCAGAGAUCAGGGUGCUUUUAGCCUGAGGUUCCAGAUGGGAAUCCCAUGGGAUCGAGUGAGCACCCAUUUACACCAAGGUUCAGUAUUAUUUUCCAUUGAUUUUAAUGGAGAUUAAAGUUGAGCAGCAUGUCAAACCAGCAUCACUCCCGAUCCCAUCGGACAUUUUAGUUUAAAACAAUUCCUUAUCCCACCAGUGGGAACUGGGCAGAUUCAGAUAACAUGUUCCAUUUUGUGCUCUGUCCCAAUUUUCUACCCUCACAACUCCGCUGACAUCAUUGGAAAGAUCACCAGACUAACAUUCAAAUAUAUUAACUCAAUGCUGCUGUUGUUUAAAACCUCUGUCAGUCAGUCAUUUCAAUGUACAAAGACAUUGUGUUAUUUUUAUGACUGUUUUGCCUUCUGUUUAUUUAUUGAUGUUAAUAGUUUAAUUUAAUAAAAGUUAAGGGUAAAAGUUGGAA